CCGCGCGGGGGCACCGCCGUCAUCCUGGACAUUUUCCGACGUGCGGACAAAAAUGAUGAUGGGAAGUUGUCCCUGGAGGAGUUCCAGCUCUUCUUCGCAGAUGGCGUCCUCAACGAGCAGGAGCUGGAGGAUCUCUUCCACACGAUCGACUCUGACAACACCAACCACGUGGACACCAAGGAGCUGUGCGAUUACUUUGUGGACCACAUGGGGGACUAUGAGGACGUCCUGGCCUCCCUGGAGACCUUGAACCACUCCGUCCUGAAGGCCAUGGGCUACACCAAGAAGGUUUAUGAGGCUGGGAGCAACGUGGACCAGUUUGUGACCCGCUUUCUCCUGAAGGAGACGGCCAAUCAGGUCCAGUCACUGCUGAGCUCCGUGGAGAGUGCGGUGGAGGCCAUUGAAGAGCAGACCAGCCAGAUCCGACAGAACCACAGCAAACCCGGCCACGGCGCCGUGGAGGCCUGGCGUGGAAGCCCCGCUCCCCCCCACGCCCCCAACCACAAGCUGGGGGCCACGGAACACGGCAAGAGUCUUGCUCCUGUCCCGGCGGACCCCAAGGAGGAGGGCCUGGAAGCCCAGAUCAGCCGCUUGGCAGAGCUGGUGGGGCGGCUGGAGAACAAGACCCUUUGGUUUGACCUUCAGCAGCGCCUCUCAGAUGAGGAAGGCACCAACAUGCUGGUCCGGCAGGAGAUGGCCGUGUGCCCCGAGCAGCUGACCGAGUUCGUGGACUCCCUGCGCCAGUACCUGCGGGGCACCGUGGGCGCCAGGACCUGCCUCCACGUCGCGGCAGUGAGGCUGGCCGAUGGCUUCACCUUCGUGGUCUAUGAGUUUUGGGAGACAGAGGAGGAGUGGCGGAGGCACCUGCAGAGCCCCGUGUGCAAGGCCUUCCGGCACGUCAAGGUGGACACGCUGAGUCGGCCUGAGGCCCUCGCCAGGAUCCUGGUGCCAGCCGCUUGGUGCACCGCGGGCCGUGACUGACCACCUCCCUGAGGCCGCAGAUGAGCCUGCCACCCUGCCCCCUCUUUUCUAGAAACUUUGGUGUACACACCGUCUUUUCACUGUACUUCCAGCCAAGAAUGUAUUUUCCCUGCUGUUUGAAGGGGGAGAGAGAGCCCCCUGGGCGGCAGAGCCCUGCUGAAGCCAGAGGGCAGCAGGGAGCGUGAGGCCUCC